AUGGGAUGUCUGUUGAAAUUCAGAACUAACGUUAAUGCGGUGUUCAGUUCGGCGUUUGCUUGGUACGGACGGAGGGUGGGGACUUACCCAUGGGUCUUUGUAUUGGGUAGUAUCACAGUGAAUGCUUUACUUGGUCUUGGAAUCUUGCGACUGACGCCAAAAACUGGGAUUGAAGAUGUUUACGUGCCAAUAGGAAACCAAGCUGCUAACGACAGAAUCCUGCUAAAAGCGUUGUUUCCGGACAAAAGCAACACCGAUUUUUACCAACACCAUUUGCCUGAUGAUGGGAAAUACGGUGCGGUUGUAUUCCGAUCCACUGAUCUUAAGAAUGUGCUCAGAACAGCGGUUCUUGAUGAAAUAGAAACUGUGUACCAAAGUAUCUUGAAUAUCUCCUUCGCCGACCCUGUCUCUAACAGCCAGUUGGACUACAGAAGUGUGUGCGCCAGAAGGUCUGGCAACUGUAUCACUGACGGAGAUUAUGUCUUCUCGGCCGCCUUCAAAACCGAUAAGGAUGCCCAAAAUGUGUCCUAUCCGAAGUACAAUGUACCGGGCUACGGACAGUUGGACUUAUCGUCAUCCCUAGGACAAGUAGGUACACAGAAUGGACUUCUCCAAUCGGCCGGAUCCCUAAAAAUUAGAUUUCACCUUCGCCAGGACUCAGCUAAUUCGUCUGAACUCUCCAGUCGCUGGGAGGAUGCCUUCAUCCGGGCUAUAGGCCUACCCGCGUUUGGGCAAGGACAGACAUUAUCAGAGCUGGCGUAUGCGACUUCGGACUCCCUAAAUGAGGAACUGGAGAAGAACACUGGUGGCGAUAUCAAGUGGUUCUCCCUUACCUUCACCCUCAUGAUUACGUAUGCCUCCAUAGCGAGCUCAGGGGGCAACUGGGUGUCGUCCCGAGGGUACCUUGCCUGCGCGGGGGUUCUGGCGGCCGGCCUUGGCAUUGUCUCUGGUAUGGGGUUAGUGUCAUUAUGCGGCAUGCCCUUCACAAGUAUCGUUGGGGUCAUGCCAUUUCUGGUCUUAGGUAUCGGCGUUGACGACACGUUCGUCAUGCUGUCUGGUUGGUCGGAGACUCACGGAAUGUCUGGGAUCCCAGAGCGCCUCGCUGUCAGUCUGGCCAGCAGUGGACUCUCUAUCACACUCACAUCCCUCACCGACGUCAUCGCCUUCUGCAUCGGAGCCAGCAGCCCCUUCCUUAGUGUGAGAGCCUUCUGUGUCUAUACAGGCGUGGCCAUCUUGUUCUGCUAUGUCAACCAAAUCACCUUAUUCGCCGGAUGUCUCGCUAUACACGCAAGAAGAGUAGAAAGAAAUCUCCACAUAGUCACCUGUAUGAAGGUCCCAUCAAAAAGAGAAGUAUUGAAUGCGGAACAAGCGCCUAAGACACCUGUAAGCGAAAGUUCCACAAUCCCCGGGGACACACAAGCCUUUGAGAGGGAUCCAAGUCAAGAUCAUUCAGCUGGAACCAACCCGAGGACUGAUGACGUCACCAAUAAUCACAGACGUCCGCCCCCCAAAGUUGUGCAGAGUACAGAAUUGGCUCAACCUGGUAGGAUGCCAGUUGCAACGAAAUGUAAGCUGUGUUUCUGUGUUGGAGAGCCACCGCAAAACAAAUAUGAAGACGAAAGUGUUUUUGAAAAAAUUCCAAGAUACUUCCUCCCCAAAAUAAUCAGCUCUUCACCUGUGAAGAUAAUUAUUUGUCCCCUAUACUUCGUGUACAUAGGAGUGUCCAUUUGGGGAGUGACGGACAUGGAACAGGGGCUUGAUGUUAAAAACCUGGUCCUUCCAACAUCUUACUAUAGAUUCUCACAAUGGAAUGAAGAUUAUUUUGACUCUCAAUUUAUGAUAACCUUUAUCAUCAAUGGCGAUCUUGCGUAUCACGAAAAUCCAACUCAGGCCAGGCUGGGCGAUUUUAUCCGUAAAGUUACGCAAGACAAAUACAUUCGCGACGACUUCCUGUUGUCCUGGAUGGAGGCUUAUCACGUGACCCCUUUCCUGAACACUACAUCAGAGGCAGACUAUAUAGCAGGGUUCAAGUCGUUUUUAGCUUACAGGCCCGAAUUUCAAAAUGACGUUAACUUCAAUUUAGACUUUUCCAAAAUAUUGUCAUCGAGAUUCUACUUAAAGACAGUUGGCAUCACAAGCAGCAUGCGACAAGGGGAUAUGAUGAGGCAGAUGAGAGAACUUGCGAAGAAUUCCGGACUUCCCAUCACAGCAUUCUCUCCUCCAUUCAUUUACUUCGAGCAGUUCGUUGUCAUUCUAUCAAACACCCUUCAAACUGUGGGCAUUGCGGUAUGCGCCAUGUUUGUUCUCUCCUUUUUCUUCCUACCUUAUCCGUUAAUAGUCCUACAUAUUACAAUUACUAUGACGACCAUCAUGUUAGGGAUUUUCGGUUUUAUGCAUUUCUGGGGCCUGAGUCUGAGUUCGGUGACUAUGAUCCACCUUGUCAUGUCGGUGGGAUUCUCCAUCGACUACUGUGCCCACAUUUGUCACGCAGUCAUGCACUGCCUCCCUGAGGGCACCAGUCGGCAGCACUGCGUGUCUCUGGCUCUGGGGAGAGUCGGGGGACCCAUACUCAACGGCGCCUUGUCAUCCCUCAUUGGAGUCAUCAUGCUGGUUAAUUCCGAGUCUUACAUCUUUAAGUCAUUCUUUAAGAUGAUGCUCCUGGUGAUAGCAUUCGGACUGCUUCAUUCAAUACUCAUUUUGCCGGCGUUUCUUUCAGUUUUGGGUCCGCUGCCCUCGGACAAUGAAGAACGCGUGACCAAUGGGGUCAAAAAGCUAGCAGAGAAAAAUUUGCCUUUGGGCUUAAAACUUCAGACGGAUUCGCAAAAUGCAGAGUGUUCAGUACAGUGUCAACCAGUUACAUAA